UUGUUGACAGGAAAAAAAGCACGUGGUAAUAUACGUCAAGGUUAUGUGUCGUUAUUCCAAUAAUUUCAUAAUAACACAAGAGAUCUGUUGUGCAAGAAAGCUAGACGUAUCUCGAACACUGUAUAUUUAAUACCACCAUGGGUAUUAUAAGAUUCUACAAGGCACCUGGUUUGAAGUCAGGUCAACUAAAAACCGUACUUAGUAAUGUGACUCAAAUAUCAAAUUUAAUAACUGGUCUUGAAAGUGAAUUAUGCUAUUAUAUUGAAACCAAAGAACCUUUAUGCGAAGAAGAAUUAGAACUUUUAAAGUGGAUAUUAAUUCCUCCAUUCAACCAACACAGUUUAACAACUUGUAGUGUAUUCGAUGAGAAAUUGGAGGAACACUUAAUCAUUGAAAUUGGGCCAAGGUUGAAUUUUUCUACAGCAUUCUCCAGCAAUGCUGUAUCAAUUUGUAAAUCUGUACAUAUACAUAAAGUAACAAGGAUCGAAGCAGCUAUUAGGUAUUGUAUCAAACAUAAUGGAUCGAUCGAAAAGACAGUCGAAAAUAGCAUAACGGACGUGUUACACGAUAGAAUGACGGAAUGCAGGUACACGAAGCCAAUAGAAACCUUUGAUCAUGGUUUCAGACCUGAAAAAUGGUUUGAAGUGGACGUUUUAACAGAUGGCCGAAAAGCAUUGGAAGAAGUGAAUUUAAAAUUAGGUUUGGCAUUCGAUAGUUGGGAUUUAGAUUUCUACACAGAUUUAUUUCUUAAUAAAUUGAAACGCAAUCCGACUAGUGUCGAGUGUUUCGACUUAGCGCAAUCUAACAGUGAGCAUAGUCGUCAUUGGUUCUUUAAGGGUCGUAUGAUUGUUGAUGGAGUGGAGAUGAAAAAGUCGUUACUCGAUAUGAUCAUAGAGACACAGAAGCAUUCCAAUCCAAACAAUACGAUUAAGUUCAGCGACAAUAGCAGUGCGAUUAAAGGAUACCAAGUCAAAGCACUUCGACCGAAUGAAACUCACAAGUGUAGUCCCUUCCGCAUAGAAAACGUAGAUCAAGACCUUAUUUUUACCGCAGAAACUCACAAUUUCCCAACGGGUGUCGCUCCAUUCAGUGGAGCUACGACUGGAACUGGAGGAAGAUUAAGAGAUAUUCAAGGCAUAGGUAGAGGCGGGUAUUACAUUGCUGGAACCGCAGGUUAUUCUGUUGGCAAUUUGCACAUUCCAGGAUAUGACUUACCCUGGGAGGAGAAGAAUGUACCAUAUCCUAGCAACAUGGCAAGCCCAUUGAAAAUUAUAAUCGAAGCUAGCAAUGGUGCGUCCGAUUAUGGCAAUAAGUUUGGAGAACCAGUUGUGUCUGGUUUCGCUCGUUCUUUUGGCAUUACGGAUAAUGCAAAUGAACGACGUGAAUGGAUCAAGCCCAUAAUGUUUAGCGGAGGACUGGGCACGAUGGAUGCUGAUAUGUCGCUCAAAGUCACCCCGCAGAAAGGUAUGGAAGUCGUGAAGAUAGGUGGUCCAGUUUAUAGAAUUGGCGUGGGGGGUGGUGCGGCAAGUUCUAUCGAGGUGCAAGGUGAUAAUAAAUCAGAAUUGGAUUUCGGAGCAGUACAAAGAGGCGAUCCUGAAAUGGAGCAGAAACUAAACAGAGUAGUUCGCGCGUGCACUGAAAUGGGACAAAAAAAUCCAAUACUCAGUAUACACGAUCAAGGAGCUGGAGGAAAUGGUAACGUUAUAAAAGAAUUGGUCGAACCUGCGGGUGCUGUUAUCUUCACAAAAAAAUUCGAGUUAGGCGAUCCAAGCAUCAGUACCUUAGAGUUAUGGGGUGCCGAAUAUCAAGAGAACGAUGCGAUUCUAUGUAAACCAGAGGACAGUAAUUUACUCAAGGAAAUAGCAGCUAGGGAGAAAUGUCCUAUUCAUUUUGUGGGAACCGUUACAGGAAAUGGAAACAUUAUUUUAUCCGAAGAAAGCGACUGCGACGCGUCAAAGUAUUUAAAUGAGAAUCGUAAAGAUAGCGUGAAGCAUCCGGUUGAUUUAAACUUAGACUUAGUGCUUGGUAAAAUGCCUUCUAAGACUUUCGAUCUUCAGAGGAAGGUGAUACAAUUACCCUCUUUCGCGCCGCCAGCGAACGUAACUGUACAAUCUGUUUUGGAUAGAGUUCUACGUUUGCCUUCGGUAGCGAGUAAACGAUACUUAACCAACAAAGUCGACCGUUGCGUUACUGGAUUAAUUGCACAGCAACAAUGCGUUGGUCCGCUGCACACUCCUCUUGCCGAUGUUGCUGUAACUGCGGUUUCUCAUUUCGCUACGGCUGGGAUAGCAACCUCUAUCGGAGAACAACCAAUUAAGGGUCUCGUGAAUCCAGCAGCUGGAGCUCGUAUGACCGUAGCGGAGGCUUUGAGUAAUUUAGUUUUUGCACGUAUUUCAGACAUUCAGGAUGUCAAAUGCAGCGGAAACUGGAUGUGGGCUGCUAAAUUGCCAGGAGAAGGUGCUGCGCUAUACGACGCUUGUUCCGCUAUGUGUUCGUUCAUGAAUGAACUUGGAAUUGCAAUUGACGGGGGAAAAGAUUCUCUUAGCAUGGCUGCUCGAAUCGGUAAAGAUGUCGUUAAAGCACCGGGAACGCUUGUAGUUUCUUGUUACGCUCCUUGUCCUGAUAUUCGACAGGUAGUAACACCCGAUUUAAAAGCCCCUGCAGCAGGAAAAACUGGUCGUAUAUUAUUCGUUGAUUUAUCAAAUGGACGGAGUCGAAUAGGUGGCACAGCUUUGGCUCAGGUUUACAAAUCUCUUGGUAACAAUGUUCCGGAUGCGCAGUGCCCCCAUCUAUUAAAGAAUGCUUUCAAUGCCACGCAACGUUUAAUCGCAGAGGGAAAAGUAUUAGCUGGCCAUGAUAUCAGCGAUGGUGGACUUAUCACGUGUCUCCUCGAAAUGUGUUUCGCUGGUAUCUCUGGAAUAAACAUUAAUAUUUCUCAUAAAUUGGGAUCGCCUAUCGAAAUCUUAUUCGCCGAAGAACUGGGAUGGAUAUUAGAAGUCGAUGAAAAAGAUCACGGUUACGCGUUGGAUGUAUUUAAACAAUUUAACGCUCCCGUGUACUUGAUUGGUCGAUCAGGAGACUUCGGAUUGUUAUCAAAGAUCAACAUCAAAGUACAAGAAAAGACAGUUCUGAAUUCGACAGUUAUAACCUUAAUGUCCAUGUGGGAAGAAACUAGUUACCAAUUGGAACGCCGACAGACGAAUGUUGAAUGUGCAUUGGAAGAGUUCAACGGAUUGAAAAGGAGAACCGCGCCGACUUACAAAUUAUCGUUCGAUCCUAAUGUCAGGCCUAUCGAAAUACAACGAAAUAUGUCUUCGAACAUCAUGGUUGCCGUGGUAAGAGAAGAAGGUAUAAACGGUGACAGAGAAAUGGCGGCAUCGUUGAUGCAAGCUGGUUUCGAAGUUUGGGAUGUGACAAUGCAAGAUUUGUUAGACGAUAAAAUCGCGUUUGAUAGUUUCAAGGGUAUUGUCUUCCCUGGUGGUUUCAGUUACGCGGAUGUCUUGGGCUCUGCCAAAGGUUGGGCUGCUAGUCUUUUGUUCCAUCCAUCUCUUCAAAAACAAUUGAAAGCGUUUCUUUCUCGUGAAGACACGUUUAGCUUAGGAGUUUGCAAUGGAUGUCAACUGAUGUCCUUGUUAGGGUGGAUAGGAAACGAAACUGGUAAUGCCGGAGAACCAAAUAUUUUCUUGGAUCAUAACGUAUCAGAGAGAUUCGAGUGUCGAUGGAGCACCGUUCGAAUUGACAAGUCACCAUCGAUUAUGCUAAGUGGAAUGGAAGACAGCGUUUUGGGUGUAUGGAUCGCUCACGGCGAAGGAAGAUUCACUUUCCGUACCAAUGAGGUUUUGAAAACACUGAAAGAAAGUCACUGCUUGGCUAUUAAAUACGCGGAUGAUUACGGCAAUCCGACUGAACGAUAUCCUUUCAAUCCCAACGGAAGUACGGAUGGAAUUGCUGGCAUUUGCUCUGCGGAUGGUCGACACUUGGCAAUGAUGCCACAUCCAGAACGAUGUACGCAAAUGUGGCAAUGGCCUUGGAAACCAACGCGUUGGGAUAAGUAUAUAGUUUCACCGUGGCAACGUAUGUUCGACAAUGCCUACGCCUGGUGCGUAUCAAGAGAUUAAUGUAAAACUGAUUCUAAUGCAUUCCUUACGAUUUCUACGAUAAAUGUAAAUAACGAUAUUACAAAUUUUUUACGUAAA